UUCAUUGUCUAGCAGCACCAGCACUAGAGACAGAAGCUGGCCUUGGAUGUCCAACCCUUUUUUGUUGCAAGGGAGAGCAAGGCAGUAAGAGACGGCAAAAGGCUACUUCAAGCCACUAAGGAAGGAUGUGGGCUUAUCCUGUUGGUUUUACUGUUCUGCCUCAUGUUGGAAGUUUCCUCGGCUGGUUAAUUAAUCGCAAAGAAAUACCUGUUUGGUACGACAAGCUGAAAAAGCCUUCAUGGUGUCCACCCCGCAAAAUAUUCCCUGUUGCUUGGACUGUCCUGUACACUGGCAUGGGCUAUGCCUCCUACCUGAUAUGGAAUGACCUGGGUGGCUGCAGCAGCAAAGCUGUCGUCCCGCUUGGCCUCUACGGCGCUCAACUGGCCUUGAACUGGGCUUGGCCUCCCUUGUUCUUUGGUGCCCAUAACCUGAAGAUGGCACUGAUUGACAUCCUGUGCUUGGACGGCCUGGCGAUCGGCACGGUGUGCUCCUGGUACCGCAUUAACAAGAUAGCAGCACUGCUGAUGGUGCCUUACCUGGGCUGGCUGGCCAUGGCGACGUGUCUGACAAUCCGCAUCUGGAAGGACAACCCUUAA